AACGUCAAAGUCCAAAAAAUCGUGUAUUGUUAUGAUUUUGUUUCUGUAAACAAAUUUGUAAAAUUUCUUUUAAAGAUUUGCAAAACAAAAAAAAUACAAUAAAGGAAUUAAAUAAAUAUAAUAAAUAAUACUAAAAUGAAAUACGACAUCACUUCCGAUGCUUGUCGAAUUUGUUUAAGAAAAAGUUCUACUUGUCGGUCUAUUUUUAAGCCCCUUGGCGUAGGAGAUAUGGCACCAAACGUAAAAUUGAAUUUAAUUACUGGGAUAAAUGUUCUUGAAAAAGAGGACAUUCCAGGAUUGCCACAAUUCAUUUGCAAACAAUGUGAAAUCUCUGUAAACAUGGCGUAUAAUCUGCGUAAAAGGGCACGCAGAUCUGACCAAAUUUUAAGCGUUUACUGCAACAAAAUGAAUCAAGACAACAUAAUCGUUGAACUGGCUAAUGGACGUAAAUUCAAACUUUCCAAAGAGCUUACCCUCAAAGUUAUUCGAAGAAAUGAAUCUUCUGAAUUUCCUUCGUCAAAUACCCUAAGCACGUCGGCGGAAAAUUUGGCAGAAAUUAAUUCUGAUGAAGAAGCAGUCAACCAUGAUGACGAUGAUGAUGACGAGGAAGAUGAUGACAACGACGAGGAUGACGACUAUAUCCAUGAAGAUGAUAAGAAUGCUGCUGUAGAACAAGAUAACGAGGAUCAAUGUGACGACUUUACCAUUGAAGUGGAAGACAUUAAAUUUGAAAAUAGAGAUGCUUCAUCUAACCACAAAGACGCCCAGGACGACGAAAUAAUAUGUAUUCCAGAAGAUGGUCAAUCGAAUGCCAAACCUCAACCAAUAUACAACGGAGAAGAAAUAGCCAAACAAAUAAAGGCAUCUAAUCAAUACGAAGUCUUAUCUUGGAACCAAGAAGAUGGUUCUAACGCUGUUCCUACAUUCAAAUUACGACUCAAAGAACCUGCAGAAAAAAUUAUUAAAAAAGAUUUUAUUUGUGAUAUCUGCGGAAAUACCUAUGGACAGAAGCAUAGACUAACCGAGCAUAUGCGGCGUCAUAAUCCAGAAAAAGUAUAUGCAUGCGAAAUUUGUGGUAAACGCUUUGCAGUGUCUGAAGGAUUACGUAGGCAUGUUUUAACACAUGGAGCACUCAAACCCUACAAGUGUAAUCAUUGCACACGGUGCUUCUAUACACCAAGUGCUAGAAAAGCCCAUGAGAAGGUUCACAGCGGACAUAAACCAUUUGUUUGUAAUAUUUGUACCAAAGCCUUUGCCUAUACAGGCUCACUGCGAAAACAUAUGCUUAUUCAUGAAAACAAAAAGCUUUAUCGAUGUGAAUAUUGUGAUAAAGCAUUUCGACUUCAACAUCAUAUGAAACAACACGAAGAAACACAAAUUCAUAAGGAUGCUGUUGCGGAAAGUGUUAAAACUAAACAAUAAUAACCGGUGUUAUUUUUUGUUUUUGUAAAUAUUUUAUUCUUUUAAAUAAAUUCUUUAAUAUCUAGUAAGAAAAUAAUUUUUAAGAAAUAUAUGAGUUUAAAUUUCAAA